AUGGAGGAGUCAAAUGAUGAUAUAGACCAAAUGUUCAGCAAUUUGCUGGGAGAGAUGGAUCUUUUGACCCAGAGUUUAGGAGUCGACACGCUUCCUCCGUCAGACCCUAAACCUCCCAGGGCUGAAUUUAACUACAGUGUGGGUUUUAAGGAUUUAAAUGAAUCCUUAAAUGCACUGGAAGACCAAGAUUUAGAUGCGCUCAUGGCGGAUCUGAUAGCAGAUAUAAGUGAAGCUGAACAGAGGACAAUCCAGGCACAGAGGUCUUCUCAGAGUCAGCAUCACCCUGCGCCUCCGGAAGCAUCACAUUUCAGUGGCGCAGCCUCUCCUGAUUAUGGAGCAAAUGUCGCUGUAACUAGUGUGAGCCACUAUGAGGAUGAUUUACCACCUCCACCAGCGGAUCCCAUGUUAGACCUUCCUCUGCCACCGCCACCUCCUGCGCCUCUCUCUCGGGAAGAAGAAGAAGCCCAGGCGAAGGCUGAUAAAAUUAAGCUGGCAUUGGAAAAACUGAAAGAGGCCAAGGUCAAGAAGCUGGUUGUCAAAGUGCACAUGGAUGAUAACAGCACGAAGUCGCUGAUGGUUGAUGAGCGGCANAAGUCGCUGAUGGUGGAUGAGCGGCAGCUGGUCCGAGACAUUCUAGACAACCUUUUUGAGAAAACCCAUUGUGACUGCAGUGUGGACUGGUGUCUUUAUGAAACAUACCCAGAACUACAAAUUGAAAGGUUUUUUGAAGACCAUGAAAAUGUUGUUGAAGUCUUAUCAGACUGGACAAGAGACACAGAAAAUAAAGUGGUAUUUUUGAAGAGAGAGGAAAAAUAUGCUGUAUUUAAAAACCCCCAGAAUUUUUACCUGGAUAACAAAGGAAAAAAAGAAAGCAAGGAAAAAAGUGAGAUGAAUGCUAAGAACAAGGAAUGCUUACUUGAGGAAAGUUUCUGCGGAACAUCCAUCAUUGUGCCAGAACUUGAAGGAGCUCUCUAUUUGAAAGAAGAUGGAAAGAAAUCCUGGAAAAGGCGCUAUUUUCUUUUACGAGCUUCUGGAAUUUAUUACGUACCCAAAGGAAAGACUAAGACAUCUCGAGAUCUGGCGUGUUUCAUACAGUUUGAAAAUGUCAACAUUUACUAUGGGACUCAGUGUAAAGUGAAAUAUAAAGCACCCACUGACUACUGCUUUGUUUUAAAGCAUCCCCAAAUUCAGAAGGAGUCCCAGUACAUCAAGUACCUCUGCUGUGAUGACGGAAGAACCCUAAGCCAGUGGAUCACGGGAAUAAGGAUCGCAAAGUAUGGAAAAACCCUCUAUGACAACUAUCAGCGGGCCGUGGCAAGGGCUGGGCUGGCCUCUCGGUGGACAAACCUGGGCACCGCCAAUGCAGCUCCACCAGCUCCACCUUCUACAGGACUUAAAACAGGCACCGCCCAGGCCAAUGGUCAGAUUCCCCAGGCUGCACACUCUGUGAAUGCUGUUCUUGAAGAAGCCCAGAGACAAGUUGACACAACUAAGGUAGAGGAAAGAUGGGCUCAGGAACAACCUUGUAGCCCCAGGGUCGGGCCCGAGGCUCCCGGGGAGCAGACAGGGCCGCGAUCAGCGCGCCCGGAGGCGACGGCAGCGUCACCCCACCGUGGCCCUGGCGACAGUAACGCUGGUGUUGCUUUGUUGCNCCCACCCGCCCUGGCGCCCGGAUCCCAGAGGCCGUCCCCCGUUGUCACGAAAAGGCCCCCCAUUCCCCCAAAGAGGCAGGAGAGCCCAGGGCCGCCCAGCGGGGAGCAGGAUUUCAUGUCAGACCUCAUGAAAGCCCUGCAGAAGAAGAGAGGCAACGUGUCCUAAGGGGAACCUGCGGGUGUCUUUGCGGGACAGGGUCUCGUCCUUUCCAACCGCGGGUAUUUUUUGUGACUUGAUUGUCCUGACAUCGUGGUCAUUUUAGAGAAAAUACUGAAGUGCUGGCACUAGGAAGGAUGCAGAAGGUAUCGCCGCUCCCCAGUGCCUUCCUAGCCAGUAAACUAACACAGAGUGUAGGGCAUCUUUCCGCUGCGCUGUCUGUCCUGUGGUUUCCAAGUCACUGGAUGUGUCUCACCUUCCAAGCCAACCAAACUGGUGUGUGAAGCUCAUUCAGUUUAUGAUGUUCAGAGCAUCAAAUUAAUAAAACUUUAAAUAUUUUUCCA